UUGAAAGGUUAGAGAGAAAGUAAAAAAAAUCGGGUGAUUUGUCAGAAAUGUAUCAAAAUUAUUUAUUUGUUCGCCUCCGUUAAUAAACACCGUAUUAACCAGAACUUUCACACCGCUUUCCAUCCAGUGCUAUGAUCUAUGAUCCAUUCGAUCUUAAUCUAUGUUCUCAUGUACAUCGGCCUCAAGUCGCAGUUCCUCUCACAGUUAUUUAGAUAGUCAAAGUCAAUUACGGUUUUAUUAAUAAAGCCUCUUGCUUUUUUUAUGUGCUUUAAUCGAGUAGUGUUUACAAAGUGUGCAAAAUGAGGGUAUUCAAGGACCGAAUCCUGUCGGACUCGCAAUUGAGGAGACUGGGAGAGCACCAGUACUCCUGCCAAAGUGUCAGCAUUUGUGAUAAAAUGCUGCAGCCCUACUGGAAUUGGCUGGUGCAGAAAGUUCCUGUCUGGUUCGCCCCCAAUCUUCUGACCAUCAUGGGGCUUGUUGUCAAUAUUUUCACUGCCCUCGUUCUGGUUGGGUUUUCACCGGAUGCCAAACAAGAGCCACCCAGAUGGAGCUGCGCCCUCUGCGCCAUUGGCCUAUUCGUCUACCAAAGUCUGGACGCAAUUGAUGGAAAACAAGCGCGCAGAACUGGAUCAGCCAACCCAUUGGGGGAACUUUUCGAUCAUGGAUGCGACUCAUUAUCCACCGUAUUUGUGGCUGUUUCAGCUUGCACAGCUGUGCAAUUGGGCAACUAUCCAGCCUGGAUGUUUUUCCAAUGUUUUUGCGCAAUGUCGCUCUUCUACUGCGCCCAUUGGCAAACGUACGUAUCUGGAACACUGCGUUUUGGAAAAGUCGAUGUCACCGAAGCCCAAAUCACUAUAAUGAGCAUCCUGUUGAUUUCCGCCAUUUUUGGCCCCAGCAUUUGGUCGAUUAAGCUCCCCACGCUGGAUGUGGAGGUGAAGCUGAUCCCGAUCGCCAUUGCGUGUGCAGUUGCACUGAUACUGGCACAGGCCAAUUUGACUGUUAUUUUGGCCGGCGGCGUGGGCAAAAAUGGAUCUACAGUCGCGGGCACCAGUGUUCUAUCUCCAGUGAUUCCAAUCUUACUAGUCGUACUUCCAGCUUUCAUAAUUUACCAAAAGUCUGAACAAGCUCUCUAUCAAACGCAUCCAGUGUUAUAUAUUUUCACGUUCGGACUGGUGGCUGCCAAAGUUACCAAUCGAUUAGUGGUGGCGCACAUGACUAAGAGCGACAUGCAAAUGUGGGACUAUUCAAUCGUCGGGCCUGCGAUGCUGUUUUUCAAUCAGUAUUUCAACACUUUCAUCAACGAGUAUAUUGUGUUGUGGAUGGCUUUGAUUUGGGUCACAAUGGAUCUUCUGAUCUACUGCUACAGAGUGUGUCAUGAGAUCUGCGCAUUUCUGAGGGUCGAGCUGUUCCGAAUACCGUAUCCAGGUGGGCCUGUGGGACCGUACGACGCGGCCUCAGAAAAAAACGGUACGAAAUCGCAUAAUAAAACUAAACCUCGAAGUAGCGCUAAAGCUUUACGGCCUCAGUGAGGUUCAAUUGAUGAAUCCGUAGCGCCAGUCAAUGAAUCAUCCAGCUAGGCUCAUUUUUCCAAAGCUCCGAAUCUGCUUUUCUGUUUUUUUUUGAGCUGGCUAGUGCCAAAGAACCUACACUGUUUCUAGGGAAAAUUGUUUUCAGCAAUUUCCGCUUGAUUAUUAAAUCUGCUAACUCAUUCGCUCCCAACUUCUACACUAAUGGUGAAUGGUUGGCUCGUUUUUAUUAUGUAUUCAUUUUUCAUAUGGAGGUUUAGUGUUAGAAGCAUUACCACAAAGGUGUAUCAUGUUGUCACAUAUAAAAACCAUUUAUUUAUUAAAAGCUAGCUGUAGAUGUGGAGUCGUUAUGUGUGAUUUAUCUACUUAGAGAUUAAGAUCGUGUUAAUUUUGGUGGAUUGAUUGAUUGAACACUGAUUGUUAGAAUGUACAGUUUGAUAGAUAAAUAACUGAACUGGUUA